UCGCACCGUGCUGACAACAUCGUACGUGAAUAGCAGGGAAUCGUAAUGAGGAUGAAAAUGCUGCUCACCUUUUGGGUUGGAAACGUACUCGCAUUGCACGUGAGUGCUGCAGCAGUGGGCACGGCUUAUGAUAUAUCGCCCACUUCUACGUCUCAGUUGUCAGAUCGUCCAGCGUGGUCUGGCUCGGCUCUUGAAGUUCGCAGCGUGAGUGGAGUUGGCCACCUUGCAGGACCCGUGAAUCCACAUGAGACAAUCGAUCACCGUCGACAAACACGUGGGUUAGAAGAGUUCGAGGUAGAUCCAGAAAAGUAUAUCGAGGAUCUAUCCUUUGAAGAUUUUCAACGAAACCGUCGCGGAAUGAAAGACGUCGAGGAAUUUAUUCGCUUUGAAGGUCACACGAAUGAACCAAGGGUCCGCAGAGAGGCUGAAUCAAAUUUGGAGAAGGUGUCAAGUUCAAAAAGUGUUCGAGAAGCUCGACUUAACUCCCCUGAAACAUGGUCAAAGCAGCCUAUAUCCAUCGAGCUUCAUCGUCAUUCUAACGCUGAUCAAACACCCUUCGGAAAAGACAUUCACGAGUCAUCCAGUCACCAUGUACCUAAAGCUGACUUUGUUACCGGACACCGUCGUGACUUCUCUGAAAGCCGAGAAUCGAGAGCAAUGCCAGAAAUGGCGAGAUCAUAUCAGGGCUACGUACCAUUGUUUCGGGAAAAGGUCAGGCAGCGUGAUUUCGACGUAACGAUCCCACGAUGGUAUUACCCGGACCGUUUUGGGGCUGACCGAAGCAUUGAUGAUCGCAGACCGGCCACUAGUACCCACUACUAUAACAGAUACAACGAAGAUGAUGUCAAUCCAUACGGAAGAGCUCACAUCCAAUCGAAGCCCAAGAGAAUCGUUUACUAUGCACACCUUCCUGAAGUGGCUAGAAAGCCCGUUGACGUUAGAAACAAUCGCCAUCCUUAUGACGAUGUCGUGCGUUCGCCACCCGAAGCUGUUGCUAGCUCUACGUCUUACAGUCGAACACCAGGACAUGUGGAUAAUAAUAAUUAUCGUUACAGGAUGUCCUACCCUUACGAAGCCUACCGGCCGUACCAAAGAUUUGCUUACAGACGACCGUACGAUGGUCUAUACCGAUCGGAGAUUAACGAUGACCAGUAUAUGGAUCAUGCAUCGCUGAGAGAAGAGCUCCGAUAUCCGGAGCUUGAAGGUGGGAGCCUAGACCGAAAAGUUUAUACCAGGGUUUUUGAUAGAUCCGAGUCUACAUUGCCGUGGCCGGUGGAAAUUGGGACCAAAGUCCAUAUCAAGGAUGACAAAAGGAUUCCAGGGCGUCGGAUCUUUGGUCAGAAUAAUGAUGACCAUGAGUAUCAGGUGAACGCUAAGAUUCAGGCUGCUUUGAAUCCGGAAAUCACAAAUACCGAGCAUCACGAAAACAGCAAAUAGGUGUAAGAGUUUCAGAUAUUUCACGAUAACCAUUUUCAUCAAAAAAUAGAUCACUUGAUAAACGGGUGAAAAAGGUGAUUAGGGAAUUCCAAAACCUAUAAUAUGGAGAAA